UGGCAACAUGCAUCCUGCUCCUAGUCCCGCCAUUCUUCAGCCACCAACCUAUUUAACCCACCUGCACCUUCAAAUAAUUUAACUUUCUGCUGUUUUAUUUAAUCCAGCAAUGAUUGGAAAGCACUAAGGAACCUUAGCACACUGCCCUCGGUCGGCUAGAAUCCUCACUGCAUGCAGGGAGAGCAGUAUAGCAGCGCUCUCUGGCUCCUCUCAUCUCAUUCUCUAGAAGAUGGCGGACUGCGCUUCACUGUUAGAUGAGGAGCUCUCUUCAUUCGUCUUCAAUUACUUGACUGAAAACUCCGGAAGCCAGUAUGGGGAAGAGGAGGUCUGCUCAGACCGCCUGGAUGCUGACUUCCCUGACUUUGACCUCUCGCAGCUGGACGCCAGUGAUUUUGACUCAGUGAACUGCCUCAGUGAGCUGCAUUGGUGCAACGAGCACUCAGAUCAAUCCCCUGCAUCCAUACAGUACAGUCCCGGAGACCCAGAGCUAUUUGAGGAAGAAAAUGCGGCACUGCUCGCUGCCCUCACAGACAGCCUGGACGGCAUUGUUGAGGACGGAGUCGGGGGUCUGUCUGUGUUCCCUUCCCUAGGGGACGACCCCGAGGAGGGCGAGGAGGAGGAAGAUGACCUCCCUUUGGACAGUGAGCCCCUCCCUGGCUCACUGAGCCCAGAGACAGAAGAACCAUCUCUACUCAAAAAGCUCCUGUUGUCGCCCCCUAAUGUGCCUGCGGGCCUCGAGUCGCACAAAGACGGCAGCGUGCAUCGCCAUAGCAGCAGGAACCAGCACAUCAAGCCCGUGAGGCCUGUGCUGAAGAAGGACAAAUCAAGCACACAGGAGCGUAAGCCACGACCAGUGAGGCCCACCGGUCGUCUUUGCACUGAACUCCACCGCCACCUCACCACCGCACGGGAGGCCGAGGACACGCCUUCCGCUGACACAGAGGAAGAGGAAGAGGAGGAUGAAGAGGACAGUGACUCGGAGGAGGAGGAGGAGGAGGAGUCAUCCAGCAGCGAGAGUGAGAGCAUGGUGUGCGUUGAGCCAGCAAAGCCUCAGUUCUCCUCAGAGAAGGAACUGCACUCUGUAGUGGAACUCAUCAAAUACAUGCACACGUACUGCCUGCCGAUACGCAAACAGGCCAGCUGGGAUCGCAAAGAGCGUGAGGCUUUGGCGCGAAAGACCAAGCCUGAGAGCCCGCAAGUCCCCCGUGGCCUUCCUCAGAACUCUCAGAAACCGCCCCCUCAGACCAGCAGUGGGACCAGGCCAAGGGUGCCCUUCACUCGCCGCAGGGAAAUCAAAGCCCACUCCCUGCUCAAGGAGCUGUUAGAGGCAGUCAGUUCCUUUGACGUAAGCAAGCCUUACAGAAUGCACAGCCCCCCUUAUAUCCACUGCAGAGGGGCUGUGACUCGGCCCGGCGCUGAUGUUUCUUCCUCCCCUGCACGUCAGCCCAAAGCUGAAGCUAAAGACUCAGACUGUGAGAGCUCGCAAAAGGCCGCAAAGCGCCCCAAAAGCCCUGAGCCAGAGGAAGGCUCCUUUUCGGUCAGGCGUUCUCGCCGGCUAGCCUCCUUCCCCAGCCGAUUCGCUAAGAAAGUCCGUGAGAACUGUGGGCGGUUGGAGCCCAUUGCUGGGCAAUCCAGGGAAGAGGAGAACAUAGUCAAACAUCCUCCCACUGAGCCUCCUUCUGAUAGCAGCCAGAAGACCAACUCCUACAAGGCUUCUGAAGCCAAUAACCCAUGUUGCAAGGACGAGAAACGCUCCUGCCUCUGUCUGCCGCUGGCGUCCAAAUCCAACGGAGACACGCAGUAUGCCAACAAGCCCUUUGAGCAGACUCUCUGUGUGGAAUUGUGCGGCACAGCAGGCCUGACUCCCCCCACCACACCCCCUCAUAAACCAGUGGAGGAUGAGCUCUUCAAACCAGACGGAAAAGCUGAGCUCACCACCAAGAGCUCGUGCCUGGCGCGGGCGCACAUACGCAAGCUCCCAGAGCAGACAGAACUGUACGCCCAGCUGCGCAGGAUGGGCCAAACGGGUGACACAGACUCUAAGGGUGAGACGCAACGUGCAUACGGGGACCAUGAUUACUGCCUAUUGGGACUGGGAGAGAGUCGCAAGAGAACGGCAGCGGCGUUCGGCUCUCAGUGCCAUGUGGAAGUGGCGGAGGAGGAUGAUGAGAUGGAUGUGAGGAACGGGGAGAUUGAGGGACAGGAGGAGAGGCUCCUAACAAAGGUCCCUGAUUACCAGCAAAGGACUGAGGCCGACUCGACCACUGCGUUGACCACACCCAGUCCAGAGCAGACCAGUGAACCCAUACCUGUCCGUUCUCCCAGCCCAGAGCUGGACGCCCAGUCCCCAGUUUCCUGUUCACCCCCCUCACCCAGCUGCAAACUCCCCUUCAGCGAUGAGAGCUCAGAGACAUGCCAUGAAGCAACUGAAAAAAGGAGCAAGACAAAGUGUGGACAAGAGAAUGAUGUGAACAAGUGCCAAGUGAUCUACAUUCACAACCUUCCGAGCAGCGUCACUCAGUCCAUGCUGCGUAAGCGCUUCGAGGGCUUCGGCCGUCCAGAGGACUGUAAAGUGGUCAUCAAAAACGAGGAGCGUUGUGGAGUGAUCACACUGAGGCCCACUCAGAACGGCCAGACCUCACGGCACAGGUGGGACUCGCUCGGUCCGAGCGGAGGAAACGGCAGCCGGCGGUUCAGCAGGAAGCGUUACAUAGAUCUGGAUGAGGCGGGUCCAGGUCCGGUGAAGAGCAAGUAUGAUGCACUGGACUUUGACGCUCUGCUGAAAGAGGCCCAGAGAAGCCUGCAUCGCUGACACGCCUUACCACACCUCCAGCGUCACGCCCUGUCCGAGACUCUCCUCAGCACCUCAACCAAGGCACUUCUUCAUGUUUACAUUUUGAACAUUGGAAUAAAAAAAUAGACCUUGUCACUUCUAACUGAGGAUCGGAGGACAUUGGGGCGGGAGGAUUACAAAUGAACAGAAACAGCUCUGACACACCGGACACAAGUGCUGCUUCUCGUGUGUGUGUGUUUGAUGCCAUUCAUGACGUCGCGAGCGGCUCGGGCUUCGUAGCAAACCGCACUCUUUUCCAUUGGUUGUUGUGACGUGCGUGUGCUUUUUUUGUUUUUUAUUUGUACCCCUUUUGUCUUCUCUUCAUAGACCUGCAAGGUGCUUUCACCAUUUUGUCGUACAAAUAUAUAAACAAUAACUGCUUUGUAUUAGCGAAACUUUGUGGAUGUUCAACUCUGUGUGUGUGUGUGUGUGUGUGUGUAUGCGUGUGUGUGUUACGAUGAAAAGUGGAUUUAAAAAAACGACAAACAAAAAAAUCCUACAAGGUAGAGUUUACAAAUCAAAAAGUCAAGAAAAAAGUAGUCUUUUUGUAAUUUUAGUGCUUCCUUGAUUUCAUCUAUGCACUCAAACGAGGUAGUGCUUCUUUGGUCUGGCCUCUACCCUCCUCUGCUGUGGAAGGGGCUUUUACUGCUGGAGUCCGAACCCAACUGUACUACCAUUUUUUUUUUACAUUAAAAAAACUUUCUCCUAUCCCAGCUUAAAAUUGAAGAGAUUCAAGUAAACACAAAUCCUGAAAAGUGUAUCAAAAUACUGCUCUGUUUGUUUGAGCAGCCUGACACAGCCAAUGGUGUGAGUUUGGGGGUGGGGCUAUCUAUUUGGCUGACCAAUUGGAAACCAGUUUGCAUUUUUUAAAUGCAAAAAUUACUCCACUUUUAAAGGGUUAGUUCACGCAAAAAUGAAAAUUCUGUCAUUAAUUAUUCACCCUCAUGUCGUUCCACACCCGUAAGACCUUCGUUCAUCUUCAGAACACAAAUUAAGAUAUUUUUGAUAAAGUCCGAUGGCUUAAUGAGGCUUCUAUUGACAGCAAGACAAUUAACACUUUCAAAUGCCCAGAAAGCUACUAAAAACAUAUUUAAAACAGUUCAUGUGACUACAGUGAUUCAACCUUAAUGUUAUGAAGCGACGAGAAUACUUUUUGUGCGCCAAAAAAACAAAAUAACGACUUUAUUCAACAAUAUCUAGUGGUGGGCGAUUUCAAAACAGAUUUGACUAAAAAUAUCCUAAUUUGUGUUCUGAAGAUGAACAAAGAUCUUACAGGUGUGGAGCGACAUGAGGGUGAGUAAUUAAUGACAGAAUUUUCAUUUUUGGGUGAACUAACCCUUUAACUUACCAGUUUUUCUAUUACUGUUUCAGUUGCCAGAACGCGACCCAAUUCAGUUUAGAAUUCACAAAAUUCCAAAUCUGACAGAAAUGGAAUGUACGCAUCACAAAUGCGAUUGUAACGCCCAUCCGAUUGGUCUUGAUUUGAAAGUACAGUUGAGUGGGUAGACUCCCCCAGUAGCAGAGCCCUCACCGCAGGCGGUUGACUCAUUGGAGCGCUCCUGUCAUCGUUUGAGAGAAGGGUGGCGGUAAACUAUGAGGAAGAUCUUUCCAGAGCUCAAUCUCAUUAGAGAUACGGUCGUAUCUCUGCUUUGUUUACAUGUCACUCUCUCAUACUCUUUCUCUCUCUAAGCUCAAACACUCUUUUUUUACUCUCUCCUUUCUGACAGGGGAAGAUCUGCGGGUUUUUUCUAGCUCUUACCUUGUGGCUACUUCUCUAUUUGUCCUUUGUGUGUGUUUUUUGAAGUCUAAACGUGUACCAGUGUAUAACUGCGUGUCGUCCGUGUCUUUUAUGGGGUCUAGGGAUGGGUCUGUCUCUUAUUAUACGCUGGGACCCGUUGCUUUUAUUCUGCAGGGGUCUCCUCGAACCCUCGGCCUGUGUAUCUAGUGCAGUUGUGAGCGAGCGAGCGUGCUCCCUGCCUCUCCCCUUUAUCCCGAAACACACACCCCAAACCUGAAUGUUUACAUGACUGAAUUCUCUUUCGACUUUAACUAGAGCGCACACUAAGUACAGAACGCCUUAUUCAGUGUUAAAGUACCCUAUCAGGACGUGCCUUUCGGCUUUCCCUUUUACGGUACUGAGCUGUUACUUGGACACGGCCUCUGAAUACUACAGACCAAUUUGCCCAAUAAGAUCUUGAGAAAACAAACUGAAUGAGUGUUUGUGCUUAGUAUGUAUACUACUAAACAAGUGAGAGAUGUGCUGGUUUACAUGAUUAUAUAUAUAAAUAGAGAGAAGUAUAUAAUGUGUAUAUAGCACUGUGUCUUGUGUAAACAUGAGAUGUAUGGUUCUGUGCUGUACAGCGAUGUGGUAACGUGCGGUUUUCAAUGGUGGGUCUGAUUGGUUGUUGGUGAACCCGAUGAUGCAGCGCUAAGCAAUACAGGGAGAUCCAGAAGGGAAUUUUAAUUGAUAUGGCUUCAUAAGUCAAACACUGUUGUAUAAAGUGUGUCCCUUUAGAAACGAUUCUCUUUAAUUACUUUAAUAUGUUUUUCUUUUUUUUUAUGCAAUUGAGAUGCAAUAGAGAUCCUUUCUCAUUGAAGAGAUCGGUUGUUUUAGGGUUAUAGGGGAAAUCGGAUCUUGUACUGUAUGUUGUAGACGGCUCAGAUCGUUCAAAAAGAAGGCUGACGUUUAGGGACUUUUUUUUAAAGGAAAAUACACAGACAGCCCAAUCUCACAAGGAGAGCCUUAAACCUUAGGGGGAAACAAAGCUAUCAGUCCUGUCUGAUCUCCUUUACAAUCCAAUGUGUUUUCUUUACUGAAGUGAGUAAACUUUUUCAAUACAGCCAUAUUAUAAAAGGUAUAUACAUAUAUAUAAUUAUAUAUACACAUAUAUAUAUUUGUGUGUUUGUGUAGAUAAAUAUAUAGAUGAUAUAAUUUGUUAUAGACCAUUUUAUUCAGUGUUUCAGAACACUUCAAUACAUUUCAACACUGUCAAUCUAGAAUGUACAGAUCCAAAUAAAAAAUAACAAUAAAAAAGAUUAAAAAAAAAACUUCCAAAGGGAACCUUCUUCAAUGCAAUACAUUUUUCCAGCCCUCAUUUUAGCAAUCGCUAGACAAGUUGACCAAAAAGUACAUUUGAUGUUUGGAUACAGGAGAAGUGCGGUAUCACAUCAAAUCCAUUUCACGAAUGUCAUGAUCGUUUGGCUUGGCCCUGUGAGUGUGUGUGUGCGCAUGUGAUUUCUUCCUCUCUCUCUUUUUUUUUUUUAGUUCAUACAAAAUGUCACUUUUAAUUCACUACAUCCGUGGCCCUGCAAUUUGUUGUUCACAAAGUACAUGCUCUUGCCAGAUUGGAGAGAAUUUUCCAAUUGAAUCGGCCUUGAUUAUAUUCGGGGAAAGUUUAUACUGUCUGUGUUAAACCUUGGGUCAUUUUUAUCAAGAAGUGAAUCUAGCGUUUUCGUCAUUACGGUGCCGGCGCAUCGGCUAAUGAAUCACACAUCCAUGUCGCAUUACUUUGCUGCUUCAAGACCUUGUCUUUUGUGGAAACAAAAUUUGAGUCAAAGGGCAUAUAUUUUUUUCAUUGUAUUGUUUUUAUUGAUUAUUUACAUCUAAUGACUAUCAAAUUCGCUAUGAUUUUCCUUUUUUAACGUAGUUUUUGGUAAAUACUGCUAGUAAGAUUUUAUAUUUUUACAUAUAUUUGUUUCAUUUUGAGGUUUUUUUUUAUUUAUAUGCCACUUGGUUUGGAUGUCUUGAAAUGGUGUUGGUUUUAUUUUCAACUUUUUUUUUUUUUUCCUCUCGGUAUUGUGUGAUUUUCAUACAUCUUGAGAAUGUGGAGACAAAAGCAUUUCAGUAUUUUUAAAUUGUUAAAAUCUAGUUUCCUAGAUCAAAUCUAUAUAGUGGAAUUAUUUGAUGUCAUAAAUUAUAUUUUAAUUCAUGUAAAUAGUUUUAAAAAAGCAGAUGAUGGCUUCCUUUUAAACUGAACACAUUUCUCUUCCGAGAUUGUUUACAUUAUUAAACUGUAGAAACUGAUCCUCAUAUACUGUAAAAAAAGUACAUAUAUUCAUUGUUUUGCCUCCAAAAAAAUAAAAUCCAUAAUGAUCAACA